AUGAAGACCUCGACGAUCGUGUCAAUAUCUGUCGGGACAGUGGUCACAGGGCUUGUCGCAUAUGCCGUCUACUUCGAUUACAAGCGGAGAAACGACCCCGAGUUCCGAAAAGCCCUGAAGCGGGAAUCGCGCAGGCAAGCCCGGAUAGCCAAAGAGGAGGCGGAGAUUCAAGGGAAACAGCAACGGGAAGAGAUCAAACGAACCGUCCAGGAGGCCAUUGAAGAGGGCUUCCCUACAGACAUUGAAGAGAAGGAGGCGUUCUUCAUGCAACAAAUCGCCCAGGGCGAGGCUAUGGCUGGUGACGGCUCCGACCCGAUCGGCGCCGCGCUCUGCUUCUACAAGGGUCUCAAGGUGUACCCCGAACCGCAAUCACUGAUCGGCAUCUACGAUAACACCGUGCCGAAAGAAAUCCUCGAGAUCCUCGCAAUCAUGGUUGCGCAAGACAAGAACUUGAAGGUUGGCUCCUUUGGCGCUGGUAGCGAAGGAUUCGACAGUGGACCGGGCGUGGAAUAA